UGUAAAAAGUUGUGUGGAAAAUUUUCAUUCCCGCAAGUGUUAGCCUCCACACAUUUUGCUGCCCUUAGUUGCCAAAGUUGAACCAUAUCCUUCCUUGUCUCAUCGCAGAAAGCAUCCCCUCAUCACCAUUGCAGAACACUUUCAUCCUAAUUCCAAUCCCAAGCGAGAAAAAAUGGCUGAUGCUGCUGUUAGUGCUACUAUUCAGGUUGGGUUGCAGACGGUUGUUUCCCUUGCCGCUGAUCAUGUUAAUCUGGUUCGUGAAUUCCCAACGGAGCUGGAGAGACUCAACGAUUCUGCUGAAAUGAUCCGAGGCUUCUUGGCCGGUGCUGAUGAGGAAAUGCAUAGCCAUGAUCCGAAGCUUGUUGGGGUACAAAAGUGGCUCAAGCAGCUGGAAGAAGAGGUUUUCAAAGCUGACAAUGUGCUGGACGAGCUCAACUAUGAAAAUCUUCGUCGGAAGGUGAAGUAUCAAAAUCAACUCACGAAAAAGAAGGUAUUCUUCUGCUUUUCAUUCUUUAAUAAAAUUGGUUUUCGUUGGAGGUUGGGUUCAAUGAUCAGGGAGAUCAACACGAACCUUCAAAGGAUCCAUCGGGAUGCCGAAGGUUUGGGACUGGCCUACAAGCACCAAGUUGAAGUAGCAUUCGCUACUAUAGCAGCUGGAGCCACAACAAGCCGACAGACCGACUCUACUAUUGUUCGAAGAGAUGUCCUAGGAAGAGACGAGGAUGAAUCAGAAAUAGUUAAGAAGUUGUUGACCGAAACUGAAAGUGUUAUUUCAGUUAUUCCCAUAACUGGCAUGGGUGGUUUAGGCAAAACAACUCUAGCUAAAGCCAUUUACAAAAAUGAGCAAAUUGUUGGGCAUUUUGACCAAACAAUGUGGGUUUGUGUGGCUGAAAAAGUAGAUAGAAUUGAGGUGGUCUUCAAAAUGAUUCUAGAAUCGUUAAUAGGAGGAAAGGUUGAAGGGGAUCGUAGGGAGGUAAUAGUUCAAAAAAUUCAGCAUGAACUCAAGGAAAAAAGAUAUUUCCUUGUUCUUGAUGAUUUGUGGAAUGAUCAAGAAGUAUUGUUGGAUGACUUUUUCAGCACUUUGGCGGGACUCAAUGCUAAGAAAGGGAGCUGGUGUCUUGUUACCACUCGUCUGCAAGAAGUGGCAACUAUUCUGUCUAGACAUCCGCCGAUCAAUUUUACUCGCCAUGAGAUAGGAAGGCUAUGCAAUGAUGACUGCUGGUCUAUCAUGAAAAAAUGGGCAAAUGUGGCGGAAGAAGUACCAAAAGAAUUGGAAGACAUAAGGGAGCAAGUUUUAAGAAGAUGUGAUGGUCUACCUCUGGCAGCAAAGUUAAUCGGAGGUUUGUUAUCUAAAAAGAGAAAAGAGGAGUGGCUAUCUAUUUUGGAGGAGAGUCUCUUGAAUGGAGAUCAAGGUGGGAUUGAGCAAAUAAUUAAGGUGAGUUUCGAUCAUCUGUCACCUGCACCGGUUAAGAAAUGUUUUGCAUAUUGCUCAAUUUUUGAUCAAGAUACUAAAUUGGAACAAGAUCUACUAGUUGAGCAUUGGAUGGCUGAAGGCUUUCUUCAACCGGAUUCCCAAAAUGAAAGAACGAUGGAGAAAAUAGGAUAUGAGUAUCUGAGAACUUUGCUGCAAACUUCCUUAUUGGAAGAAGUUAAAGAGAAGUGGAGAACAUGGUAUAAAAUGCAUGAUCUUGUGCACGAUUUUGCAAAAUCAAUUUUGAAUCGUAACAGCAGCAAUCAGGACCGUUACCUUGCGGUAUACUCACCCGAAAGAAUCAAUGAAAAAUCAUCAGCAUCACUUCGCACAUUAUUUCUGGAGGGUGGCAUAGCUGAUGAUAUGUUAUCAAAGCUCAAAUACUUGCAUGUCCUAAAAUUGUUUGGAGCAGAUGUCAAAGAGUUGCCGACCUCCAUUGGCAAACUAAUACAUUUACACUUACUCGACAUUUCAGGUUCUUGGGUUACAACUUUGCCAGAAUCUCUUUGCAAACUUUAUAGUUUGCAAACACUAAGAAUUGACGCGCUUGAAAAAGGUUUUCCAAAGAAGAUGAGCAAUUUGAUUAGCUUGAGACAUCUUCACUAUUAUGAUACUGGACGCGAAAUCCAAAUGCCAUCCAGGAUUGGACGAUUGACUUGUCUUCAAACGCUAGAGUUCUUUAGCAUAGGUCGUCAAAAGAAAGGUCGUGGUAUCCAAGAGCUUGGAACCUUGGAAGAUCUUAAAGGCUCCUUGGAGAUCAGAAAUCUUGAAUUAGUAAAUGGCAAAGAUGAUGCUGAACUGGCGAACCUAUCUAAAAAGCCAAAUAUGUAUCGGCUGGUAUUUGAGUGGGGCAAUAGGGAUCGGGAAAGUAAUAAUUGUGAUGAAGAUGUUUUGGAAGGCCUCCAACCUCACCCAAAUUUAAAAGAGUUACAAAUUUUGAAGUUCAUGGGUGAUCAGUUUCCACAAUGGUUCAUGAAUUUGACAUUGACAUCACUGGCGGAGUUGCGUGUGGAGGAUUGCACAAGAUGCAGAGAACUCCCUGCACUAGGACAGCUGCCAUUCCUCAAGCGCCUCUAUUUGACUAGAUUGGAAAACACAACAUGCAUUGGGCUUUCAUUCUACAGUAGCACUAUUAGCAGACAAACAUUCUUUCCAGCCCUUAAAAUUCUCUCUCUUGAAAGCAUGAAAAAUUUGGAAGAGUGGAAGGACGCACACGAAAUGAGGUCAACCGCUGACGUGUUUCCCGUGCUUGAAAAGUUAUCUAUUAGUGACUGCCCCCAGCUGACCACCAUUCCAACUCCAAGUCGUUUCCCAAGUCUUGAUGUAUUGAACAUUAAAAAAAAUUGCCAUGUUUUGCUGGCAGAAAAGGUUUUGAGCAAUAUAGCCAAUCUCUCGUCCCUUGAAUUAAGGGGUCGUCAAAGCAUCAAGUCUCUAAAAUUAGUGAAACGACCAGAGAGCAGCUUGAGAAUUAAUGGCUGUGACAGUCUACCCACUGACAUGCUUGAGCGACUCUGUCUUUUUCCAACUCUUCAGCAUGUAAAAUUGAUGAUUGCCAAAAAUAUAACAACAUUUAGAGGAAUGAGUUGCGCCGCAUGUCUUAAGAGAUUGGAAGUCACUUUAUGUGAGAAUUUACGGGAGUUGCCAGAUGAUCUCUAUCAAUUUCAAGCUUUAGAGCACUUGAAGAUACGGGGUUGCCCGAGAAUUGAUUCAUUUGGAUAUCCAAAUCCUAAAAAUUCAUUUGGACAGAAAAGCCUCCUUAAGUCUCUUAAGCAAUUUACUGUCGAUGAUUGCGAUGCAUUAACAAGAUUACCAGUGGAGAUGUUCGAGUCCUGUACGUCUCUCCGAAAGCUGAAAUUGUUCGAUUGCCGCAGUCUGGUCUCCUUUCCCCUUGAUUUGCGACGAUUCCCUUCUCUCGAGUGCUUCUCAUUAUACGGGUGUUCCAACUUGAUUACUGAGAUGCCUAGUGGAUUUGGCUAUCUUACCAGCUUAAGGGAAGUGUACAUUGGUCCCUUCUCAGAUGACUCUGUAAUCGAAUUUGAUUGGGCUGGAUUAGCAUCUUCAUCAUCACUCCGACACGUGUCUUUAGGUGGGAUGUUUGACACGAAAUCUCUGCCACAUCAGCUUCAAGACUUGACUACCAUCACAUCACUAUCUCUAAAACACUUCGGAGCAAUCGAAGCCUUACCAGAUUGGCUUGGGAACCUCGUGUCUCUUGAAGACCUAAUCCUAUCAUGGUGCCCAAAGCUUGAAUAUUUACCCUCCACGGCUGCCAUGGAACGCCUCAAAUUAAGACGUCUGGAAAUUCGUGAUUGUCCUCUAUUAACCGAAAGAUGCACUCCUCAAAGCGGCUCCGAGUGGCCCAAGAUCUCUAAUAUUCCAGAGCUUAAAAUUGAUUAAAAGUCGUGUGUUCUUCUCUCCUUUUUUCCUUCUAUUUUGUCCUGUGUUUCUUUAACUGAUUUUGUUCCACCUUUUGUCUUGAUUUUUAGUUUUAAGUUAGUUACUAUUGCAUUGCCAUCUCCUAUAAAAAUAGGUGCAGGUGUUGAUUCUUUGUUGCUCUUUUUUGAAAAUGUAGUUAUUGUCUGCAUUUACCUUGUGCAUGUUCUCUUUUCUUCUGCAUUUUCUCAUUUCAUCUUAAGUUUCCUCCUUUUUGCUGCUGCUUGCUUGCUUGCUGUUCUUGAUGGUGCGUGUGUUCUUCUCUCUUUUUUUCCUUCUAUUUUGUCCUGUGUUUCUUUAGCUGUGUUUGUGUUUAAUCUAUUUUGUUCCAUCUUUUGUCUUAGUUUUUAGUUUGUAGUUGGUUACUAUUCCAUUGCCAUUUCCUAUAAAAACAAGUGCAGGUGCUGAAUCUUUGUUGAUCUUGUGAGUCCUCGAAAUUUUACUUGUUUUUAUAGCACUUAUUUAAAUUUACUUGCCUUAAAUUCUUGGUUGUUUUAAUGAUUGAAUCAUGAUUUUUCUUUUAUUAUAUUAUUUAAUUUGGUGCAUGUUAAGUUUCAUAGUACACUAGUGUGAUCGACUAGUGAGGUGUGUGCAAUAAAUUUCACUGCAAACUUUUGAUUAAUUGCUUCUCAUUAUUGGAUAUUGCUGUUCUUCACCAUCUUAUUCUAUCCGUAUUUGUCCCACACUCUUUUUCUCUGUAAAUAUCUAUUCCUCUACUUCUUUUGGAGAAGAUUACUCUCUCUUUCAAUUUAUAAACUAAUUCUUGUCAUUAACAAAGUAGAGUUAUGAGCAAUUUGAAAGACAACAAAAAUUGUGGAUUUCAUCUGCCUUUUUGAACCAUCAAAAGGAUGAAUAAACAUGGUAAAAUAUACUACUAUAUAUGAACUUGCUGACUGUUUGCCCACAAAAUUCACUAACAUUGCAAGCGUAAACAUGGUAUGUUCUUUUUUUUUUUUUUUUUUUUUGUUACUGAUAUUUCCAAACAACAUUAAAACCAAUGAAACAGCAAUUUGGGAAGAACAUUACAAUUUUUGUUUUUACCGCUGGCAUUUAAUAGAUGGAUAUGUUCUUAAUAUUCACUGUUAUCUCUCUGUAAGCCUCUGCAUUAUGAUUGCCAUAAAAUUAGCUCAAUGUCGAUCAAGUUGAAAUUGUUUGCAGAGGAACUAGGCUGCUGCUCAAACUAUAAAUUCUUAUCAUCCUUUAAAAUUUUUAAAAUUCAGAUACUAGCUACUUUUCUAUUUUGUGAAUUGGAUUGAUAAUAUUAUGGCGUUGUAGGCCACAAGUGUCAGUGAAGCAGCAAGCAGUGAUAGUGCCGAAAACAUUGCGAAAGGCUCGAAAGUGUGCUUAAGGCAAAGUCAGCCUGGAACCUCUAAAGCAUCUUAUUGCACUUUUCACAUUCUCCAACUGCAACAUCUAAAGCAUCUAAGGCUGUGGUUUCCAAUCAUUUUUGAAGAAAGAUGAGGAGGUAUGUGGUUUGGAAAUUUCUCCACCCAACUUACUUGUAGUACAAGGGAAUUGGUCCAAGUUUGCAAGUAUGUUUGAGACAUGGAAUUGUGCCUAAAUGCAGAAUUUGUUUAGGAAGCAGAGUACAUGUUUUUUUGGACAAAGAACACCAACGUUCCCAUGUUGUUCUUAUGAGAAUGUCAAGAGGGAGGAGUUAUUUUCGCUUAUCAGUCAGAUUUUGAAGAUGGAAGGUAGUUAUCUGUGAUUUUUCCCACCAGAAUGCCAUAUAUUGCUCAGAAUGUGGAAAUGAAGCAUGCUGAAAACAGAGUGGCUUGUGCCACGCUUGUAGAAAGUAGUAUGGAUUGAGAAGAGUUGGAGAAGAGCAUGGUAGCUGGUACUGGAGAGCUAUCAAGGUACAAGACUUGCUUGAAGAAAACUGGACGGGCUAAUACUUUAGUUUCAGAGGUGACAAGAUUUGAUGGAAAGAAGUUAGACAUUGUAGACAGCAUUGGUGAUCGUUUGGAUGACAUAAACGAAGCAUGCGAUUGCAGUGUCAGUCAUUCAUUUGGAUGGAAUCAGUUCAAAGUUUUGCUGCUGCAAUUGCGGCGGCAAAAAUUUCUACAUUCUCGUUCAAAGGUUCCCGCCAGAUCUUGCAAGGCCUUUGUAAAUUGGACUACAGGAAGAAUCACAAGGACAAUUUAUGCAAAUUCGAUUGACUUUUGCUACCAUUACUUCCUUCUGGGAAGCAGUGGUUUCAAGCAAAAGUGUAUGGAUGGUGAUGUGGUAGAGAAUUGUUCUCUUAAGGAGUGAAGAUCAAUCUUCUAGGAAGCAAUAUGUGACAGAGUAGAUGAAGAGGAAGCAGAUAUCAUCUUGUUGGAAAAAGAACAACAUGGUUCCCUGUCGUUUUUUGUGAGAAUGUCAAAAGGAAGAAAUUAAUGUCACUGAGCAGGAAGGUUUUGCAGAUGAAGAUGGUUACCAAUUACAGUUAUUUUGCUCAUUAAUUUGCACUAGCAUUGAAAGUAUUAUGUUCUGUAGUGCUCGGAAUGCAGAAAUGAAGCUAAUGAUUUGGCUAAACUUUUUGUUAGCCUGUUUCGAUUUUUUUUCUUUAUCUAUCUUCUGGAAAUGUAAUUUGGUUCAGAAGAAGAGAAGAUUUGAUGAUGGAAGCUAGAUGUUGAAGAUAGCAGUAACAGUCAUUGGGAAAGCAAAAGCAAAGCAUGUAGUGGGAUGGCAGAAAUUCAAAGAUUAUGUGCUGCAAGAAUAUGUAUUCACAUGCAAGGGUUUCUAAGUCCUCAUUCAAAGGUCCCGAUGCACAUCCCAGAUCUGCUACUCUUAUGCACUCUGCCUCUGCUAGGUAAACUUGACAAAACUCCUGAAUGCUCCGAUUGAGUGCAUGGUUGACAUUCAUAAACACUAAUCUCUGAAGGGUAGAAACUCAUUUAGAGAUCAGUCACAGAAUUAUAUAUAGCAUAGCUUUCCUCUGAUAUGUAUCACUUACUUGAAAUGCUGAAUUUUUGGCAUAGCUUUCCUCAUCUUCCCCUCCUUUCGUGUGAAGAAUUUGUUCCAUUUCCAG